AAGUCCUAAUCACUGUCUGGACAGGCAUUUCUCUGACAACAUAACAAAGGUUAGUUGUUGCUGGAAUUAGGAAUUACACCCAGUGCUUUUGUAUUCACUUUUAUUACCGAAAACACCAAUCAUGUAACCCUAACCAUUACUUUGUAAACACAACAACGACAUCACCACGUCAACAUUGUCGUUCUGGUGUCAUCACUUAGUUGGAGUUGUGUUACUGUCCAUUCCUUCUCUUUCAGAUCUGUUUUUGGUAUCCAUAUACUUAAAAGAUCUGUCUCUUCAGCUCCUAAAUGCUUCACUAUUGUUAUAAGCUAUCAGUCGGGCACGUGGCAUGCUCUGAGAUUAUGAGAGCAUUUUGCAAAAUGAAACAAAACAAAAAUAAUUUUAAAAAGCUCUCUUUUUUGGGCAAUGUCCUGUUUGUUUUUAAAGGAAAGAAUUUAACUUGAAAACAUUUUUUUAAAUAAACAAAAAACAUAUCAACAUAAUGUGAAGAAAUAGCUGUUUUGACGUUACAAAGUAAACGUAUUGUGCUGUGGAGAUAUCCGCUGAAAUUAGCAUGCUAACCAGCGAGCCCAGGCCCCCAUCAGUCUGAGGGUCCUGUGCAAGUGGUGCUCCAAUCUGCCAGUCCAGACCACUACCUGCACGGCUAACUAAGCUAACGAGCUGCAGGUACCAGUUAGCUGUCACUCAGGGCCACCAUAGUCUGGUGAGAGAGAACCAAAACAGUGCAGUUAUAGACAGUAAAACCUAAACAUUUUAUUUUCAAACUUCUGAGUGAGUCAUCUUGUCAAUAGACACUCUUUGCAAACUCACUGAAUGCAUUCCUCUCAUAUUUUGCCAAGUAAUCCCACUGCUCCCUCCAUCAUCUUCAUAAUCCAGCAUCUUUGAGUGGUUUCUUUCAAACAUUAUUAGAGUCUGAAACAACAGUGACCUUUUUUCCCGCUCAUUAGCUGUUUGUGUGCAUGUUACCAUAACAGCCAGUUUAUUAGGACGCCACAGAGCCGCCUAAUUGUUCUGAGCUUUUCUCCCUGCUGCUGGUGAGAGAGAGAGAGAGAGUCUUUGGCAGAAUACAGAACUCUGCAAGCUUUGGACAUUUAUUUUGUAUCGAUACGCUUCUUUUGGGAGAUGUUUGGAGGACAUCAGAGAGGACUGUCAGAGGUGACUUUGUACAAGUUUUGGGAUGUGGAACGAGAAAAAGACAAGGACAGUCAAACUGGAAAAACAUGCACCAGCCAUUUGUCCGAUGAUUGUGGGAUCAGUUCCCUCAGUAUCCAGGAUGAGAGCUGUGAGGUCAAAGGAGAAGAUUAAAGUCGCCGCACCAAACAGCAAACUCCCCACUGCUGCAUGUGAGACCUCGGAGAAUGUAAUGAGGCUUUGUGUCGACCUGAUGCCUGUUCUGGCUGCGGCAAAAGAGCCCGUAGAGGAGGAGGGAGCAAGAAAACAAGAAACCAGCACCAAGAAUGACCCAUCCGUCAGUGAAUCAGUGGAACCAACGCAAGAUUCUCACACAGGAUCACAUCUGGACACCGAACCACCACGCAGUCCUCACUUUGUGCUGCCGCCUGUCACUCUACCCAAACCAGCUCCUGAGUGUUGUGAUUCUCAGAGGACCAAGAGGUGGGACACACUUCUACCUCCCACCAGUUCACCCGAGCAAGCCAGGACCAUCUCUUCGAACUUCACUAUAAAGGGCUUUAGAGACGAGGGACUGGUCACAGGACAGGAACCAGACACCAGGCCCUGGAUAGACAACCCACUGUUCUCCAAAAGUAGAUCUCCUGAGUUUCGUCUUCCUGACAUCUCCUUGUCCAGCCUGGAUGCCCUGCUGCAGACGGUCACACAGAAACUGGGGAGGAAGAGGACAGUUGGUGCUGAAGGGCCGUCGAGACGUAUCCAGCCUGGUCAUCUCCUCAUGGCUGUUGGUGAACAACGUCUGGGAGGGAGGAGCGUCGGGCAGCAGAUCAGUCACUGCACAGAGGAUGUAAAGCCGGCCAACAUACUUAUUUCAUGCGCAGUGAAUUAUCUCAAAGAACACUUACACUUACCAUGUGAAGCACUAACGGACACACCAGUGUGGGGACAUGGCGUGAACAGACACAAGAGCCUCCCUCCACUUAUUUCUUCACCAAAACAAAUGCUCGUCCUCAGCAUGACGAAGAAAAACCUCCUGACUUCCAGCAUGCUGCGGUGAUCGAUAUACAGCAACAUACAGCACAAAAAAAGGAUACAGGAAACAAUGCUUUAUUUUCCUUCGAGACAAAACAUUCACAACAGACAUUUAGCCUUUUUUUCUAUACUAGCAUAUUUUUUCAGUAUAUAAUGUACAAUAAUAAUAGAUAAAUUCAUGUUCAAGUAGAACUUUUCAAACAUAAUAAAAGUACAUUCAACAGAACAGACUUACAUUCCAAAAACAUCCACCAUUUUAAUCAUCCAGCAUAAUUUUAGACUUUGUAUGAUUUUAGUUUAACCUUCUUAAACAUUAUAUUUUAAUACAUCAGUAGGUAUUUUGGGAUGAAACCCUUCCAAUACUUCACGUUUGUCUCAUGCUCACAGUUACUAUGGUAACAAUCUUUUGAAUAUGUCACACUACAUUACAGUGGAGUAAAAACCUGCUUUGGACAUUCA